AUGGAAGAUAAUAAAGGUGGAAUUAAGCUAAAAAUAAGUAUAGGAAAUGAUGAAGAAAAUGAUGAUAUAACUGAACAGAAAAGUUCUAUUGUUAGUGAUGAUAAUCAAAGUAAAGAAAAUAUAAAAGAUGAUAAUAGUUAUAUAUCAGACAAAAAGUUAAAAGAAAAAAAUUUAGAAAAAAAAAUUAUUUCUAUUAUUUCUAAAUUAACAAAAAUAUCUUGCAUAUGCGAAAAUAAAAGAAACAAUUUUAAUAAUGAUGAUAAUUCAAAAAUGUGUAAAAAAUUAGUUAAACAAAUGUAUAAAUAUGAAAAAUGUUUAAUUAAUUUAAAUUCUUAUAUUAAUGAUAAAAAUCACAAUUUAGAUGAUAUAACAUUUCCUAGUGGCUUAAUUAAAGCUAUUGAUAAUUAUAUAAGUGCUGAUAGCUGGAUAUAUAAAUACUUAUUAUUAGAAUGUAAGAAACACAAUGACAGAUAUCGUAAUUUAAUACAAAACAUUUCUACUUUUGAUAGUACUCUAAAAAAUAAAAUAGUAAAUAAUAAUAUAAAUGAUGUAACUAUGCCCAUUUAUGCUGGAGUAUCAGAAGAAAAAAUAAACUUUCUAAAAAGAAAUGAUAAAAAUUACUAUAAACAUGUUCAUAUACCUAAGGAAUUAGCUGAAUAUUAUUUAAAGAAUAUUAAAAAAAGAAAAAUAGAAGAAUGUUAA